GGCCAGGAGGGGUCGCUACUACUAUAACUCUGCUUCUCCGAGCAGUUACAAAGAGGAGAAGUAGAAGAUGAAAGGGAGCAGAAAAAACUCGCUCCAGCCUGGAAUCACACCUUCCUUUAUAGAGAGAAAGAAUGAGAGACAGAGAGAGAGGGAGAGGACUGAAGAAAUGAAUAAAGUUCUCUUUCAAGACUUCUGCUCCUGUACGGCUGAAAGGUACCGCGGCAAAUCCCACCAGGAGGAAUAUGUUGCAUGGCUGAAAUCAGGGAUGGCAUCCAUAAGAAACUCCAGUGCAGGUAGUUUCUCCACCAGCACGUCUCACGACCUCACACAGGAGAGCCCAGAAAAGGAGAGAACUCAUCACUGUUCUGAGUGCGGCAAGAGCUUUUAUCAUCAGUGUGAUCUCCAAAGACACCAGCGUGUUCACACCGGAGAGAAACCGUAUCAGUGCCUGGAGUGCGGGAGCCGCUUCACUCAGCAAGGUUCUCUCCAAGCGCACCAGCGCAUUCACACAGGAGAGAAACCAUAUCACUGCUUGGCGUGCGGCAAGAGCUUUACCAAACAGAACGCUCUCCAAAGACACCAGCGCAUCCACACCGGAGAGAAACCGUAUCAGUGCCCAGACUGUGGGAAGAGUUUCACUCUGAAGGAUCACCUCCAAAGGCACCAGCGCGUUCACACCGGAGAGAAACCGUAUCAGUGCUCCGAGUGCGGCAAGAGCUUUUCUCAAAAGAGCACCCUCCACUCGCACAGGCGCAUUCACACAGGAGAGAAACCGUUCUGCUGUCCGGAGUGCGGGAGGAGAUUUAGAGACAGAGGUGACUUCCACAAACAUCUGAGCAUCCACACAGGAGAGAAACCGUAUCACUGCUCGGAGUGUGGGCGGAGCUUCAGGCAUUCACACACUUUAAAGGAGCAUAAGUGCACUACGGGGGAGAAACGGUAUCAGUGUUCGGAGUGUGGGAAGAGAUUUAAUCAACAGAGAAGUCUCCAGCUACACCUGCGCGUUCACGCCGGGGAAAAGCCGUAUGUGUGCUCAGAGUGUGGGAGGAAAUUUAUUGACAGAACUGGUUUAAAAGUGCACCAGCGCAUUCACACUGGAGAGAAACCGUAUUACUGCUCAGAGUGCGGCAAGAGCUUCAGGCAUUUCAGUACUCUGAAGAGACACUGUGUGAAGUGCACUAUGGUGGAGGUGGAAACUGUCAUAGUGUGAGUUUCUGGUAUUUAUUACAAAAACAAUGAUGUAACCUGUAGUUUUGUGAUUUUAAAUGGUUCUGUUUUUCUCUUGUAUGGUUUGUAUGUUAACAUGAUUAUUUCUUUAGGUUAGUGGUGACCAAACCCUUUCCUGAAGAUUUUUUCAUGCAGAAUUUAGUUCUAACCUGCUGCCCAACCGUACCCA